GGCCAGGACCUCGUGUGUUCCCGUCCGCCCCUCUGGACGGCGCCAGCCCUGCAAGCUGCCGACCGUCCUGGGGCUCCUGCGCAGCGCGAUGCCGGCCUCGUCCACCGUCCACGUGCUGCAGCUGCUGCGGGAGCUGCUCGCCUUCGUGCUCCUCAGCUACACGGUGCUCAUCGGGGCGCUGCUGCUGGCCGGCUGGACCACCUACUUCCUGGUGCUGAAGUGACAGCGCCGCCGCCGCGCCCCGCCCCUCCCCUCGCCGGACCCAACUCACCGCGGAACUCCCCUCAAGUCCGGGCCAGAGCCGAGGCCCCGCCCACCCCCAAGCGCCGCGGCGCCCUACUCAGCUCUGCGCCCUCAGGCCCUGCGUAUGCCCCGCCCCGCGCGGAAGCACCGGCAGUUGGUUGUCUGGCGCGGCCGUUACGACCGUUGCCCUAAACCCCGCCCUCUCCCUCCCCAUCUGCCCUAUCCCGACUACUUCCUUGGGUGGGGGCGUGGCCAUGGGGCGAGGCUCUCUCAGGUGGAGGCCGGGCCCCGCCCCGCGCUCGCGAAGCUACGUCACCUCCGGCGUGUGCGUCCGGCGUCCGCCCGCCACGGGAUGGCGGCUCUGAGGAGUUGGCUGUCGCGCAGCGUAACCUCGCUGUUCAGGUACAGACAGUGUGUUCCUGUCGUGGCUAACUUUAAGAAGCGUUGUUUCUCAGAAUUGAUAAGGCCAUGGCACAAAACGGUGGCAGUUGGCUUUGGAGUAACCCUGUGUGCGGUUCCUAUUGCACAGAAAUCGGAGCCUCAUUCCCUUAGUAAUGAAGCAUUGAUGAGGAGGGCAGUGUCUUUGGUAACAGACAGCACUUCUACCUUUCUCUCUCAGACCACAUAUGCGUUGAUUGAAGCUAUUACUGAAUAUACUAAGGCUGUUUAUACCUUAGUUUCUCUUUACCGACAAUAUACAAGUUUACUUGGGAAAAUGAAUUCACAGGAGGAAGAUGAAGUGUGGCAGGUGAUCAUAGGAGCCAGAGUUGAGAUGACUUCAAAACAACAAGAAUACUUGAAGCUGGAAACCACUUGGAUGACUGCAGUUGGUCUUUCAGAGAUGGCAGCAGAAGCUGCAUAUCAAACUGGCGCAGAUCAGGCCUCUGUAACUGCAAGGAAUCACAUUCAGUUGGUGAAACUGCAGGUGCAGGAGGUUCGUCAGCUCUCCCAGAAAGCAGAAACCAAGUUGGCAGAAGCACAGAUAAAAGAGCUCCGUCAGAAAAUACAGGAGGAAGGGGACGAGCAGGCGGAGACAGAGCAGGAGGCCUACCUGCGUGAGGAUUGAGGCCUGAGCCUACUGCCCUGUCUCCCCACUCUGGAGAAAGCAGGGGCAGAUGCCACCCUGCCCAGAGUUGGCAUGACUGUCUCUGCACUGAGAAGAGGCAGCAGGUCCAGCUCUGGCCAGUCAGGCAAAACACCUUUGUGAGCUGUCAGUGCUUCUCCUGUGGUCUCAGGCUUGCACUGGACCUGGUUCUUAGUCCUUGGGCACCACACUCUGUUUAACAUUUCAUCCCACUCUUCAGCUGCUCUUACCCACCCAUCUUUUUACCUCACACGCAAAGCAUUUUGCCAACCUGGGUUAGCGAGAAGAGUCCUUUUUGUCAUGCCCUUAAGUUCAGUAGCUGUUUAACGUGUUUUUAUUGUGAAAAUGAUUUCGUGUUUGUUCCUCUGUUGGGAUGCGAGUUGUGGCUGGGGACGGGAAGCCUGUCUGGUUUGUACGAUUGAAGUGUUUCUAAUGUGUUUUCUGACUUGCCCCCACUGCCCUGUGAGGAUAGCUCAGGCCAAGCAGUGAAAAGUCUAUUACUACUAAGGGAAGGGAUGCAGAGUGUUUACCUGGUGCUCUCAACAGGACUCUUCCUAACACA